AUGCCGAUCAACCAAUUAGGAGGUCUGAUUCUUUGGCACAUCAUUAAUUACAUCCCACUGGUUCGUGUUGUGCAACAGACCGAUGAGCGGUUUUCAACGAUUCUAACAAAAAUCGGCGAUGGACUUCAACUAAGCAACGAUAAUAUCUCCCUUAUUGAAACCAGACAUAAAACUCAGGCUUGGUGCAAGGAAAACGUGCCUGAUGCUGUCAGGCUGUAUUAUAGUAACAAUGAAGUGGAUUCGUACAACCAAUGCGCAAUUCUAGAUGCAUACAACUGUCUCUCACAUGAUAUUAUGCUUGGUUAUUCAAAUGAACAAGAGAAGAGACAGUACCAGGGUAAACUACACAAGAUGACAGUGGCAGAAACCGAUGGAUUACCGUACCUGCUGCCAUUGGCAGAAGGAUAUCCCUACAUGAUAACUUCUAACAUAGAUGUCGCUGAUGGGUUGGUAAAUGGAGCUAUUGGUGUCUUGCGACAUAUCAAACGUCAGCAGCCAAAUGUAGAUGACAAUUCUGCAGAAGCAGGACCAUCGACCAGUACAACUUCGCCAGCAGAUAGAGAAGAAAUUGCUACUUUAUGGUUCGAGUUUCCAGAAGAAACAACAGGAACCAGAGCAAAAGUUAAAUGUCGACCUUACGUGCGAAGCUAUCCAAACACUUUGUCUACAAACUGGGUACCAGUUCAAAAGAAAAUAGUAAACAUUACACUAACAAAAACUAUAAAAUGCAAACGAAAAGAGUGUCCUUGCGUUCCUGCUUGUGCCAUCACUAUUCACAAGUCACAAGGUGGGACGUUUGCUGUCAUUGUUUAUAAAUACUUAUCAAAGCAACCGCAACAGUUGGUGUACGUGGCGCUUAGUCAGGUAACAAGUAUAGAAGGCUUGCAUAUUAUCACCAAAAAAGAUGCUCCAUUUCGCUUUAAAGACGGACGGGAGGGAAACGAUUCACAGACAACAAGAGAUAUCCGUAACGACUACAUUCGACUUCGUGGACACACACUUCGAACAAUUACUGAUAAUGCAGUAAAAUUCUGUAAUGACUCAAACAAUGCAGGACAAACUUUUAUAAAGAACCUUAAUUCACAGAGUUUGCCUGCUCACUUUGCAGAUAUUGAAAAAGACACAAAUAAUCGAUUAGAUUCUGAAACAAACGCAGCAGGUGGAGUGGCAAUUUAUAGAAACUUAUCAUCGACAUCCACGGCCAAAAGUCUCAACGUUGAACUGUCGAAUACAACGCGCCUUAUUAGAAACACUGGUGACGUUUGCUUGGCAGAAGUUACAUGCUUCACCGCUGAUACCACGUUUAAAAUGGCUCUUGGCGCAGUUUAUAUUCAUCCUGGAUCUCUUGCAAGUAUCUCUAACAUCAGUGUUCUGCUGCAUAAAGCACUAUUUCCGUAUGUUUAUAACAGCCAGUAUGUACAUGCCAUCAUUGAAGUUGAUACCGAUGUACCAAUUCUUCUUUGUGGCGACUUCAACACAAACGUGAAAAAUGACGAAACAUUUCUCAAAUUCAUGAAAGACAGGUUCAAUCUCGAUUGUACAUCAGACGUUAAUAAGUCAACAACACUAAGAGGCACCACCAUCGAUUUGACUUUUUCAAGACACAUUACACUCGAAACACUCCAUUUUAUUUCCUACUUUUCCUAUCAUCGUCCUAUUCUCAACAGAAUAACACAAAUUGUAAGAAGUUAA